AAAGACUAUGCUUUUGAUGUACGUCUCACUUGUCGUGAGGUCUACGACAGAGCACGAAGACGCCUCUUCAGCUGUAGCACUCAAGCCAGCAUGCCGUCCACUUUCUCUGAUAACUCAGUUUCCAACACCCUAGAAGAGGGUCAUGGUCGGAGGUCUGAAGAUAGUGGCUAUGGGGUUAGUGGAGGCCCCCAUUUACACUCGCAUCAUCAUGGCACCACGCCCCUUUUACGGUCUCACCAUCAUGCACACCAUGUACAUCACUUGCAUCAGCAUCAUACUAGCCACAACAACUCAGAGAGUCUUCAUGGACUCAAUGCUUCUAGCUCCAAUAAUGCCACUCGUCGUCUGCGAAUGACCGAAAGCGCCAUCGAUCCGCUUGGCUAUGACGGACAAUCAAGAGGCGAUAACAAUGGUACCGGCCAAUUAUCUUGCAAGUACGAGGACAGCAUGCUGGCAGUUGUUGCGAAUAGCCCACUUCCUCUAGAAGGGAAACGAAACUCGUCAGUUGAGACAGCGAGUGGUGCCUCUCUGCUCAGUCGAAAAGACACUUCUCACAGUCUUUCCGGUUCUUUAGCUAGUGAAGAGGUAAGUUUGAAAAACAUGUUAUUUGCAUAA